AUGGAUAUUUCAAGCCAUCGCGAGUAUGGCUCUCCUGAGAGGGAAACACGCGACUCGUCCGACGCGGACUCGGACUUGGAGGAGCUUCAAGGGGAUAUCGCCAAGUUCGACGAGUCCGUGCGAGAGUUCCUUGCGUCUCAUCAUGGGGCCUCAGAUGCACCACGCUCAGCUCGGGGCGGUGGUCGCGGGCGAGGUGCGAGGGGCCCGCGAAAAGCAGCAAAGCCACGUGGAGACAUCACGGCUCGACUGUCCAAGGUGAACCAGGCCUUCCUCGCCGGCGAUUACGACCAGGCUGUGGACCUUGCGUUUGAGGUGAUUCGGAUCAAUGCGGAAACUCACCAGGCCUGGACGGCUCUGUCGUCCAUCUUCCGUGAGCGUGGCGAGCUCGAUCGGGCGCUCUCCGCUAUGGUGUACGCCGCUCAUCUGCGGCCGAAAGACGUCUCCGGCUGGAUGAGAUGCGCCUCCUUUGCGCUGGACACCAUCGAGGAGGACGAGAAGACCAACCUCAAUACUGCGCGACUCUGCUACUCGGCCGCCUUGAGAGCCGAUCCAACUCACAUUGACGCAAGACUCGGCAAGGCAGCCGUGUGCCACCGCCAGGGCCAUCAUGCUGCUGCAGUUGCCGAGUACAAAAUCGUGCUCAGGAGUCGCCCUUACGACUUGGAUCUCGUGAGGAAACUGGCAGAAUCAUGUGUCGACAGCAAGAACCCCAGCACGGCUCUGCCUGCGGCAAUACAAGCAUACCGUCAGUUUUUCGAUCACGAAAUCCGGUCUCCAGCCUCUCCCGAGCUGGAGUCGCUUUGGCACGAUGUAGGAAUAUAUGUGGAGCUGUUUGCUGCCGGCGAGCGGUAUGGAGAAGCCGUUCACGAACUCAAGGCGCUGUCGCGAUGGCUUGUUGGGCGGGGUUCUGAGAAGUACUGGGAUGGCUACCAGGAAGAUGACCGGGAAUGGGACACGGGCGCGGAUCGCCGGUCACAAGUUCCCGAGUAUUCUGCCCACCCUUCCGACGAGACAUUGUAUGGCAAUGCCUUGCCCCUCGACUUACGCGUUCGCCUUGCUACGUAUAGACUGAAGUUGGGCCAUGAGACCGAGGCACUGAGGCAUCUAGGUUGGUUUGAUACCACUGACAGCCACACGGCCGACUUUGUCGGCGACUUUCCUUUCCUUAUCUAUGAACUGGGCACCGAGCUCGCCCGCUGUGGGCGGCAAGCUCUUGCGAUCAAAUAUUUCGAGCUCUUGCGAACUGAAGUCGCGGAACCAGACCCGGCCACGCUGCUGCAGCUGGGAAGGUGCUAUCUCACCUUGGGAGAGCAGCCCGCUGCGGAAGAGUGCUUCUUGGCAGCCAUCGACGCUGAUGAAGACAGCAUAGAAGCUCGUGUCGAGCUUGCCAACAUGUACGAGCGGGCCAGAGAGGACGAAGAAGCCCUCAUUCUGGCAGCGGAAGCCAUGGCCCUCCGGGAGGCUCGAGAGCAAUCAUCCUCUGUCCCAGCCGGUGGCGCCGAGUCACCAGAGGCAACACGCCGUCCAAAGCGAGCCGACAGCAGCAAGCAACGGCCCCGAAAACCUCGGGCAAAGGCGGCGGACAAGGCAGCGGCAGCGGGCGACGGAUCUAAGGCAUCAGUAGUCCCCCGACGUUAUCGUCCAAAACGGCUUGCCGGUCCCGAUAAGCGCCUCCAGGAUGAGCAAGCUCGCGCCGUCAAGCUCUCCCAUCAGUACGAAGCGGUGCGAGACCUUAAGCGACAGAUCCUAGCUGGGCGCCAUGACCUUGUCCCGGCAUGGAUGGCCACCUCGAAGGAGCUGGUGGAUGACUUCAGGUCUCUCAAGCGCUUCUACACAUGGGACAAGUAUCUCCGGUUUCUUGGCCCCAGGGGCCCUCCGCAGCACCCCGGUGCUGGCGAGCCCCAAGAUUCCGAGCUGAUGCAGAUGUAUGAGCGAUUGACACGAUCCAUCGCUCCGCAGGGUGACGUCCAUGGGCGGGAUUUUGGCCUUCCAGGCUUGAUGUCCCAUGAGGGUAUCGCCUUCGACGACUGGCUCGACCUUUUCCUUGAUUAUGCAAUCGGGCUGGCGAUUGCGCAUCGGCGUGACGAGGCAUACCAGAUCUGCCAGGCUGCCAAGGACUCGACCGUCUUUCAAUCGAGCGAGCACGAGUUUGCCAUAUAUGUGGCUUGGAGCGUAUGCGCCAUCUACACGAAUGACGAAGAGAGAUGCGUGGCGCUUGCCCGCCAUCUUAUGAGGGACGGAGCGAUCACUGACUCGUAUCGAAUGUUUGCGCUUCUUUCGCGACUCUGCCAGUCACCGGUGUCGUGGUACACGUCUGGCCCGGCCCAGAAAUUCAUCCUCCGCCAGAUCAAGGCCAUCGACGCCAGGCAUGAAGGCACCCCUGCUGAGGCGCUGGGCAGGAGCGGCAUCAUCGACGCUGGAGGUGGCGAGCGGGUCACAGGCUUCGAGGUCGAUGUGUGCUUGCUGAUGCUGUACGGACAUAUUCUCUUCACAUCAACCAGCUACGCCUACUCCUUGGGCUAUUUUCUGCGAGCACGAUCCCUCGACCCGACGAAUUCGAUGGUGAACUUGAGCCUGGGGCUGGCGUAUGUCCAUUACGGGCUGAAGCGUCAGUCUGCCAACCGGCAGUAUCUGCUCCUGCAGGGCCAGGCAUUUCUGUUCCAGUACCUCCAGGGAGCGCCUAAUGCUGCUGAAGAGAGCAACACAGCCAAGGCGGAGCGGUUCUACAACGUCGGGCGACUGUUCCAGCUGCUGGGCAUUAGCUACAUGGGCUCCAAUUAUUAUUCGACGGCGCUGGAGCUUUGCAGAGGAGCGGAGGGCGGCGAGGACCUGUCGGCGUGCAUCCUGAUGAACAGCAUCGUGUCGCUGCUGUCGGUGGGGAACAAGGCGUUGGCGUUUUCGGUUCUGAAGAGUAACCUGAAGCUGUAG